UGGCUCGACUGAUCACUGAUCAUACCACUGUACCUUCCUCACCCCUUUAAAACACACCUCGCCCUGAUCUCUCACUCUUACCCUCACUCACUCUCUCAAACCAAAGCCCAGCCCACUCUCGUUUACCGAAUAUGGAAAAGCCGGAAGCAGAGCCGUGGCGGCCUGACCCAGCCAUAUUCGGGCCGCCAGAGACCCCUCGUGAGCCGAUGGAGUUCCUUUCCCGCUCGUGGAGCCUGUCCGCGUUCGACGUCUCGAAGGCACUUGUCCCGCCACUUCUGUCGACCGCACUCUCGGGCGCCUCAGGUAGUACGGUUACUGUAGGCAGCGAUGGCGUGGACCAUGCUGCAGCGACGGAGGAGUGUCCUGGUGAGGUGGAGGAGGCCGGUUCGGCUUUUUCUGGCAACCCGUUCUCGUUUGCUUCUUCGGAGACAUCACAGAUGGUCAUGGCUAGGAUCAUGUCGCAGUCGAGGGAAGUGUCCCCUCGCACUUCAGGAAGGCUCUCCCACAGCAGUGGGCCCCUCCUGGCAGCCCAGAGCUGUGGCUCUUUAACCGACAGUCCCCCAGAAUCUCCCUGUGACAUCGACGAUCUUAAGUUUCCCCGAUAUAACUAUCCGCUUCCCAGCCACUUCCAAUUUCCUCCUGCAAACGGGGCCGCCACCCCUGGUGGCGGUGUCAGCGGUAGCAGGACAGUGGGGAGGUGGUUGAAGGACAAGAGGGAGAAGCGGAGGGAGGAGACGAGGGCCCAGAAUGCCCAGCUUCACGCGGCAGUUUCCGUGGCUGGAGUGGCAGCAUCUAUUGCCGCAAUUGCCUCUGCUGUUGCCGCCUCAGGCGGGGCUGCCAAGGACGAACAGAGGGCAAAGACUGAUACUGCCGUGGCUUCUGCUGCUGCACUCGUGGCUGCCCAGUGCGCGGAGGCUGCAGAGGUAAUGGGAGCCGAUCGGGAGCACCUUAACUCUGUCCUUACCUCUGCUGUCAGAGUUCGGUCUGCCGGGGAUAUAAUGACAUUAACUGCCGCAGCAGCUACAGCACUCCGAGGGGCAGCGACAUUGAAGGCAAGGGCACUGAGGGAAGUGUGGAACAUUGCCGCCGUGAUCCCUGCUGAGCGAGGAACGGGGACCAGUGGCAACGGCAGUUCCAGCAGCAGCAGUACCAGUGGAGAGCUCGUCCCCGAGGAAAACAACUUCUUAGGAAUCUGCAACAGGGAGUUGCUUGCUAGAGGAUCUGAGCUCCUAAAACGAACCCGAAAAGGUGACCUUCAUUGGAAGAUCGUCUCCGUCUACAUUAAUAGAUCGAAUCAGGUGAUGUUGAAGAUGAAGAGCAGACAUGUUGCUGGGACCAUCACCAAAAAGAAAAAGAAUGUAGUGCUGGAGGUGAUUAAGGAAAUGCCCGCCUGGGCAGGCCGCCACUUGCUCGAGGGCGGAGAGCACCGGAGGUACUUCGGGCUGAAGACAAUGGUAAGGGGACUGGUCGAGUUCGAGUGCAGGAAUCAGAGAGAGCAUGAUAUAUGGACCCAGGGCGUGACAAGACUCCUAGCUAUCGCUGCCGAACGGAACAAAAAUAAUAGGCCAAGAAUUUGAAGGGUAGUGUAUUUUUCAUUAGUGGUGUGUUCUUUCAUUCCAUUGUACUCUAUGAGUUUCUGCCAUCACUUUAAAAAGUUAUUAUUAAAUUCUAACGGUGCGUUUGAUUUCAGAGAUAAAGUAACUUUGAUUUUGAUUGUGGAAAAUCUCAAAAAUAACAAAUGAAAUGGGAUUAUAAAUUUAA